UUGGUGAUAUUCCAAAAUGGCCACAUGUUAUUAAAGAGGUUAUGUUUCAUUGUAAACACAAUUCAAUUCAAAAAAUCGAUUUAAAUUAAUCUUAAAAUAAUUAAAAAUGUCUAAAAUAUCUAAAAUUCCCGACUUAAUAAAGACGAUACAAGACGACGAAGAUGUCGAGGAUUUUUCUGAAGAUUCAGAUGUACAAUUGGAGAAUCACUUUCAACCGACCAAGGAAAAGAAAAAGGAGAAAGAUUUCAACACUGACUUUCAAUUUGUAAGUUCUGUGGAGGAAUACAAUAAAGAUGAAUGGAACGAUUUGAUGAAAUAUGUAAAACGAAAAGCGAAAACAAAAACCGAUGAUAAAAUUAAAAAAGUUUUAGCUGCUAAAAAUCAAAGUGAAAUUAUAAAUAAUGAUGAAAAUGAGGCAAAUGGAAACGAUGAUAUUUGUAUAUCGGACGAUGAGUUGGUUCAUGAUAAUAUCAAGAAUAAGGAUAAAAAGAAAAAGAAGAAAAAUAAAUUAGGGAAUGGGGAAGAAGAGUUUUUUGAAGAUGUGCAUACUAAAACUGAUGGGGUUACUUUUUAUGAAAUGAAUUUAUCACGUCCUCUUAUGAAAGCUAUUGUUGAAAUGAAAUAUGUUCAUCCAACUCCAAUUCAAUCAACAACUAUUCCAGUUGCUUUACUUGGAAGAGAUAUUUGUGGUUGCGCUGCCACAGGAACAGGAAAAACAGCCGCUUACAUGCUUCCAACGUUGGAACGUCUUCUUUAUCGCCCCGUAGGCACAGCAACAACACGCGUUUUAGUUUUAGUGCCAACUAGAGAACUCGGUGUUCAAGUUUAUCAAGUUUCAAAGCAAUUAACUCAAUUCACUGAUAUCGAUAUAGCUCUAUCUGUCGGCGGAUUAGAUUUAAAAACUCAAGAAAACAUUUUAAGAAAAAAUCCCGAUAUUGUAAUCGCAACCCCCGGUCGAUUAAUAGACCAUUUAAAAAGUACACCUGGAUUUAGUUUGGAAUCGAUUGAAAUCUUAAUUCUGGAUGAAGCUGAUCGUAUGUUAGACGAGUUUUUCGCCGAACAAAUGAAAGAGAUUAUCAAACAGUGUUCAAGAACUCGCCAAACUUUGUUAUUUUCGGCUACGAUGUCAGAUGAGGUUGAAGAUUUAGCCGCGGUUUCUUUAACAAAGCCCGUUCGUGUAUUCGUUGAUAGUAAUAAAGAUGUGGCUUUUAAUUUGCGCCAAGAAUUUAUUAGGAUCCGAAAAGAUAAAGAAAGCGAUCGAGAGCCAAUCUUAUCCGCGUUAGUUUGCCGAACUUUUCGUACAAAAACAAUCAUUUUUGUGCAAACAAAAAAACAAGCGCAUCGAUUACACAUCUUAUUAGGACUUUUAAGUGUAAAAGUUGCCGAAUUACACGGAAAUUUAACUCAACCCCAACGAUUAGAUGCUUUGGAGAAAUUUAAGAACGAAAAAGUCGAUGUUUUAAUUGCAACAGAUGUCGCGGCUCGCGGUUUAGAUAUACCAGGGGUUCAAACUGUGAUUAAUUUUAUGAUGCCGCCAACCUUAGAACAUUAUAUUCAUCGAGUUGGUCGUACUGCGAGGGCAGGAAGAGUUGGAGUUUCCGUGAGUUUAGCAGGAGAACAAGAACGAAAAGUUGUUAAAGAAGUUAUUAAACGAGCAACAAGACCAGUUAAAAGUCGGAUAAUUCCUCAAGACGUUUUAGAAAAAUACAAAAAUAAAUUAGAAAAAUUAGAACCGGAAAUCGAACUAAUUCUGAAAGAGGAAAAUGAAGAAAGGAUUUUAAGUAAAACUGAAAACCAAGUGAACAGGGCUCAAAAAUUAUUAAAUGGGGAAAAAGACCAAGAACGACCAUGGUUUCAAACGAAAAGGCAACGAAAGGAUGAAAAAGAAAGAUUAUCGCUAAAUCAAGAAAAAAAGGUUAACUCAAAAAGCAAAAGUAAAAAUAAACUUAGUGAAACGGAUAAAGGUGGUGAUAACAAUGACAAGAAAAAGAAAACUAAAAAGGUUAAGGAUACCGCGGAAGAUCGUGUACAAGGGGAGUUGAAAAAAUUGGCGUUGUUACAAGCGAAAUUGGCGAAGAAAAAGACGAAACCGAAAAAGAUUAACGCAGUAUAUGAUAAUGUUGAUGGAGUUAGUAAAGGAAAGAAAAGGAAAAGAUCGAAUUUUGCGGAUGAACUUUGUGACACCUCGAGAAAAGGUGUUAAAAAGUUUAGACACCAGGGGAAUUUAAAGAAAAAGGGGCAGCCUAAGAAAAAUGUUGGAAAGACAUUUGGCCGACCUCAAUCUAAGAAGCAAAGAAAUUAAUUGAAUGUAAUUAAUGUUUUUUUAAUAUAGCUUCGUUACCUAA